UCCCCGCCCCCGGCGAUGACUCUGGAGCCGAGUGACGCCGGCUCCGCCCCUCCCCCCGGGACACCCCUCCCCCCCGCCCCAGGGCCGGGCCGGGGCCGGAGCUGGGCAUCGGCUUGGCCUCAGCCUUCCCUCUGGGCCCGAGCCUGCCCCCCCUACCCCGCAUUGUCCCUCCUCUGCCCCCGCGCAGGGCCUCCCCGCUGGGGGCCAGGGCAGCGCUGGACAGCUCCUAAGAAAACCCAGUUUGGCUCUUUGAAGGACGAGGACCGGAUCUUCACGAAUCUCUACGGACGCCAUGACUGGAGGCUGAAGGGGGCUCUGAGCCGGGGUGACUGGUACAAAACGAAGGAGAUCCUACUGAAGGGGAUCGACUGGAUCUUGAAUGAGAUCAAGACCUCGGGCCUGCGAGGUCGGGGCGGGGCUGGCUUCCCCACAGGCCUCAAAUGGAGCUUCAUGAACAAGCCUUCAGAUGGCAGGCCCAAGUACCUGGUGGUGAAUGCAGAUGAAGGGGAGCCAGGCACCUGUAAGGACCGCGAGAUCAUGCGCCAUGACCCACACAAGCUGGUGGAGGGCUGCCUGGUGGCAGGGCGCUCCAUGGGGGCCCGGGCUGCCUACAUCUACAUCCGUGGGGAGUUCUACAAUGAAGCCUCCAACCUGCAGGUGGCGAUCCGUGAGGCCUAUGAGGCCGGCCUGCUGGGCAAAGAUGCCUGCAACUCAGGCUACGACUUCGAUGUGUUUGUGGUGAGAGGCGCUGGGGCCUACAUCUGUGGGGAGGAGACAGCGCUGAUUGAAUCCAUUGAGGGCAAGCAGGGCAAGCCACGCCUCAAACCACCCUUCCCGGCUGACGUUGGUGUGUUCGGCUGCCCCACUACCGUGGCCAAUGUGGAGACGGUGGCUGUGGCGCCCACCAUCUGCCGGCGUGGGGGGGCCUGGUUUGCCAGCUUCGGGCGCGAGCGCAACUCGGGCACCAAGCUCUUCAACAUCUCUGGGCACGUGAACACGCCCUGCACCGUGGAGGAGGAGAUGUCGGUGCCGCUCAAGGAGCUGAUCGAGAAGCAUGCAGGAGGUGUGCGUGGUGGCUGGGACAACCUCUUGGCGGUGAUCCCAGGAGGCUCCUCCACCCCCCUCAUCCCCAAGUCAGUGUGUGAGACGGUGCCCAUGGACUUCGACGGGCUGGUGCAGGCGCAGACUGGGCUUGGCACAGCUGCCGUCAUCGUCAUGGACAAAUCGACAGACAUUGUCCGAGCCAUCGCCCGCCUCAUUGAGUUCUACAAGCACGAAAGCUGUGGGCAGUGCACCCCCUGCAGGGAGGGUGUGGAUUGGAUGAACAAGGUGAUGUGGCGGUUCGUGCAAGGCAAUGCGCAGGCAGCUGAGAUCGACGCGCUCUGGGAGAUCAGCAAGCAGAUUGAGGGCCAUACCAUAUGCGCCCUGGGCGAUGGGGCCGCCUGGCCUGUGCAGGGGCUGAUCCGUCACUUUCGCCCAGAGCUGGAGCAGCGGAUGCGGCGUCAUGAGGAGACCCAGGCUCGGCAAGCGUCCGCGUGAGGGCUGGGUGCCCGGUGAUGGAGGGGGCUGGAUCCCGCCUCUCUGUGCGUGGUCAGCGCCCCUCCCCCAUGACAGCAGGUGGGAGGGGCUGAGCACUUGAUCCGCAUGGGGGCAGCCCUCGGUGCCUCUGGGUGUUGAUAGGUUUCUCUGGCAUGUGCGGGGCGGGUGACUUACCUGUGUGUAUAUUGGGGUUCCUCUUGCAUGAGGGGGAGACCCCCUGGCUGUGCUGUCUCCUCACCUGCCCACUGGGUGAGCUCCUCAAUAAAUGUGCUGUGGUGGCAGCUUGUAUCUCC